UGCCCCAUCAUUGGUGUCAGUGGGAGGAAUAGUGCCCCAUCAUUAGUGUCAGUGGGAAGAAUAGUGCCACAUCUUUGGUGUCAGUGGGAAGAAACGUGCCCCAUCAUUGGUGUCAGUGGGAAGAAACGUGCCCCAUCAUUGGUGUCAGUGGGAGGAAUAGUGCCCCAUCAUUGGUGUCAGUGGGAAGAAACCUGCCCCAUCAUUGGUGUCAGUGGGAGGAAUAGUGCCCCAUCAUUGGUGUCAGUGGAAAGAAUCGUGCCCCAUCAUUGGUGUCAGUGGGAGGAAUAGUGCCCCAUUAUUGGUGUCAGUGGGAGAAAUAGUGCCCCAUCAUUGGUGUCAGUGGGAGGAAUAGUGUCCCAUCAUUGGUGUCAGUGGGAAGAAUAGUGCCCCAUCUUUGGUGUCAGUGGGAGGAAUAG